AAGGGUUACCUGUUUGGUUCCUGCAGUUAUCGAUUCAGUUCGCAAAAGCCUUUGUUAGGAAGAACAGAGCAACCAGAGACAAAGACAUUCUUCUUUUUGAUUCAGAGAUUCGCGUUUCAAUGGCGGCCAAAAUUUACAUCGUGUACUAUUCCAUGUAUGGACAUGUGGAGAAGCUAGCUGAAGAGAUUAAGAAAGGUGCUUCAUCUGUGGAAGGUGUUGAAGCCAAACUAUGGCAGGUCCCUGAGACACUGUCAGAGGAUAUCCUUGGGAAGAUGAGUGCUCCACCAAAGACUGAUGUUCCCAUCAUUGAAGCCAGUGACCUUGCUGAGGCUGAUGGAAUCCUUUUUGGCUUCCCCACUAGGUUUGGGAUGAUGUCUGCCCAAUUCAAAGCAUUCAUGGAUUCGACUGGAGGUUUAUGGAGGACACAGCAGCUGGCAGGCAAGCCCGCUGGGAUUUUCUACAGCACAGGAUCUCAAGGUGGUGGACAAGAGACAACUCCGUUGACGGCCAUAACUCAGCUGGUUCAUCAUGGGAUGAUCUUUGUGCCCAUUGGUUACACAUUCGGUGCUGGAAUGUUUGAGAUGGAGAAGGUGAAAGGUGGUUCCCCCUAUGGUGCAGGGACUUUUGCCGGGGAUGGAUCUAGACAGCCAACUGAACUCGAACUGGAGCAAGCUUUCCACCAGGGAAAGUACUUUGCCGGCAUUGCAAAGAAGUUCAAGGGAUCUGCUUGAUUUCCAUACCCUGCAAACCCACUGUGGGAGAUUCGAUAUGAGCAAAAUUUUUUUCCUUAGAAUUUCAGGUCUCUAUUUCCUUGUGGUCAAACAAAUAAGAUGGAGUUCAUCCAAUAUGUUUUGAAUUCCUGGGCUUUGUAUGUGUUUUCUUCGGGUGCAAAUCCAGUUAGUAAAUGUUAUGCAGCGUGCUUAUUAUUUGUGUAUCCUCAUUAUUCUUUAAGACAAGGUAUCAUGAUUGGCAAA